AUGUACCUUUUGGUCAACUCGUGGGUCAGCAUUGUCCCGACUGCCCGAUUAUCGUUGCAGAUUGGGGACUCGAUGUACACUGGAAUACUCUUCUCUAAGGCAGGCUUUGCUAGAACUAUUAGUUUCUUGUCGAGAGCAUUUUCCAGCGAUUGGCACUCAUUUAAAAUUACCUCAUCGGGUGUAACGCCACAAUCGAGCAUCUGUUUGUAUAGUUCCGAGGCUUUUCCCGCAAAACCAAAUUACGUCUUGACUCCCCAUCUCCUUGAAAAUUUGAUAUCCAGCCUUGACGUUGCCGCACCUAGUGUACAUAGAGACCAAGGCAUUGGAAAUGCAUAUAUCGGAGUCCAUGCCCGAUUUUAUCAAACGGGCGUGUAUUUGCUCGCCUUUACCGAUGGCCCCGAUACUCGCGACCCCACUCAGGAGGCUCGUAAACUUAACAACAGAAUUUACGGGAGAAAGACCCAAUUUCACUGCAUGGCCGUAAAUUUGUUCACCGAGUUUCAGAUUAGAAAGAUUCCUGCACGCUUUCAACAGGCUACUGAAAGUAUAAUGAUCCGGCUUGACUUCACCAUCGGUUAUCAUCCUACAGUACAGCUCAAGAGCUUCAUAGUCAUGGCCUCCACUCUGAACAUAACCCGUGAUGAUUACAUUCCACGACAUGAGGCUGUGGUCCUGCAUUCGCCCAAAAAUCACGAGCCCGACGGCGGCGAAUUUCCGAUUAGAACACGCCCGAAUCGCGGCCGAGAAGCAAACCUCAUCCGACCGCUCCCCGAGCUCCAACAUCUUGAGGAACACCGCAAUCGCCUGCGAAUUUCGGUUGCCUUUCUCAUAGCACGAAAUCAUGGCGCUCCACGAGGCCGAGUCGCCGCAUUUGGAGUAGAGGCUGAUGAGCGAGUUGAGGACGGCCGCGUCGAGCUCGAGACCCGAUUCGGUAAGCUUCGAGUGGAUGGCCCGGCCCAUUUCCAGGUUUCGGGUGUGGAUGCAGGAUCGGAGGAGGUCGUAGUAACCGGUGAGGUCCGGGCCGGGGCCGGGGCCGGGGCCGGGGCCGGCGAUGGACAUGAGGUCGAGGGUGGAGAGGGCUUGGCCGAGGCGGCCUGCGUCGGCAUGGCGGAUCGUCCGGCUCCUGAGAGACUCGAAUCCGGCGACGCCGGGAUUGUGGGACCAAGCGGAGAGAUUUUUGCGGCGGGAGUUAGGGUCGGGUUUGAUGGAAGGAGAAGCGGUGGGGAGUGGUAG